UGUCCGUUUCUGGCUCAAUUUCUCAUCGUCGAAUUUCCCUUUCUUCAGAAGUUUUUCAAAUAGAAUAGCGACAUGACAUCAACUAACAUAUUUUCUGGCAAUUUCGCUGAUAAACCUAGCUCUAGGGUGCUCAAGCCACCUGGUGGUGGCAAUAGUAACAUAUUUGGAGGUGCUGAUGAUACUUCUAACCUUAAUAAUCAGCCUACACACAAAACUCUGCCCCAGCAAAUUCAAGCAACCAUUGAAAAACCAGGACAGCAACAACAACAGCCUACAAAAUGUGAAGAAAAUAUUGUGGGGACCGUAGUUGAAGGUGGCCUGAAAGAGGUCGGCCAAGCAAAAUCUUCGGAGCAGCAUUGCAUUAUUACUUGCAGCUCUACAAAUAAAUGCUCUGACGAAACAAGAUCAUUCAAGAACAAACUACAAGGCUCUUUCAAUCCAAUAACUGGAGAACCGUAUGCUGCUAAUGGAUCGAAAUUGUCAGGAGAAUCAAAACCAACUAGCAGCAUUUCAGUGAGGCAGCCUCCGGGUGGAGCAUCGAGCAAGUUGUGGUAGCUACAAAUUGUGGUUUUCCUAAAUGUGGCACCAACUGUAGACUUUUGUAGUUUAGAUGCCAAGACAAGAGUUAAUUUUAUGUUCCUUUUUAUAUCAUCAUUUCUUAUUCAGUGGUUACCUGCCAAUGUGAUUCUUUAUGAUAUUUUAUGCUUACUCUAUGUAAUCACAUAGUUAUUAUAUAAUCAUGUUGGUAUUAUUAUUAUUACUACUAUUAUUAUCAUUAUCAUCAUCAUAUUUAAUUUUUUAAUGUAAUUGAUAACUCUCCAGCAUGAUAUAAAAUUUCCAGAAAUCAAUCACUUUGGUUAUGUUUUGUGUAUAAAUUGGUCACAUGAGUUUUUUUUUUAAUUUUGUUUCAAUUUCAUUCCCAGGUAUUAAUGAAACAUUUUAAUUUUUUAUUUCAUUUAGUGCCUAUUUAAUUAAUCUUUUUUUAAUCGAGAGUAUUUUUUAGUUAAAUAUCAAAGCAGCAUGCGUAGAUGAUGCACAAUUUAAAACGUCAUGUAUAUUCUCAGUCUUGUAUUGUUCUCCGCAUGGCAAAUUUAAUUUUAACUAUGUGAUGGUUUCACUUGCUAAAUAAAUAUAAUUUUUAUAAAUUUUAUUAACAUCUAUUAUAAUGUUUAUAAGUAAUGUAAGUAUGAACAUUCAUUCAUAUAUAUGCAUAUGAACAUUUUGAAGCUGAUUUGGUAUCGUCCACCUAUCCGACGUCUGUAAAAUUUACUCGUUUGCAAUCCAGAAUAAAAAUUUAAAGAAGUCUAUCUUCUAUAAUAGCUGUUACAAUCAUGAUUGAUAGUUUUUUUAAGAUAGCGUAACGAUAAAGAGCAAUAUAUAUUCUAAACCAGCGGUCCUCAACUCGUCUGUCGUCACCCCCGGCGAUAGUCAAAUGCAGCGGCGGCUUGGCUGUCUGAAUUAGGAUGUAAAAUAUUUAUUAAGCGUGAAGAAAAUAGUUUUUAAAAUAACAAUUUUGAUCUA